AUGCAAACGAAGGAUCAUAUGCUGUUCUUGAACCUCCAAGCUUCUCAGAGCCCAAUCACUACAAAUAUAAGCCUUGGAUUUUUAACUCAACAAGAGAGAAUGUGGGAGAAUAGAACAGAGCACGGUUUUGCGUCAGUGGGGAUAUCUAGUCCGCCUUCUUGGACAUUGUCUUUACCUAGCGAGCCGAGUCAGAUCCUUCAGCUUCAAGAGCCUCCCCAGGUCUUUGAAGGUCUUCCUCUUGCCGACACCAUUGUGGUGAAUAUAGCUUAUCUCAGAUUGUUGGUGGUUUAUUAUGAUGAUGGGAUAGAGGACAGAUGGCCCAGCUUCGUUCCGAUGGACCUUUUUUUCUCAAGAGGUUAUUUCGAGAAUCAACCAACCGACGAGACUGCAGGCCUCAUCUUCGACAAGAGAAGGAGUGCCUCUUUCUCAUUUUCAUUGACGGAAGGCUUUGGCUAA